AUGUUGUUCAACAAAUUCUUCGCUCUCUCUGCUCUCACUACCCUUGCUGCUGCCACGGCGCUCCCACGGGGGGGAGGAGGAGGAGGGGAUAGCGAUACCCAAUGCUGCAAGCAGCUUGUGCCGGCAUCGGACAAGAGUGCGGCAGCCAUUCUUGGCCUGCUCGGGAUCGUCCUCCAGGACCUCACCGUCAUCGUUGGCCUCAACUGCAGCCCUAUCACUGUCAUUGGAAGCAAUAACGGUGCAUGCUCUGAUGGAAGUAACACAGUCAACUGUGACGACAACAGCCACGGCGGUCUCAUCAGCAUCGGAUGCGUUCCCGUCACCAUCUAA